UUCAGAUUUACCAACUUUCCACAUUCUUCAAUUUUUAUGUUAAUUAUAUUUAAUACUAUUUCCUUAAUCAGACUAUAGUAUAAGUACAGAGAAACUUCAACUAUAAUAUAAUCAAUGUUGAAUAAAGUGUGUUUUUGGAGCAGCCUAAGAAAAAUAUUUAUUAACACUGACAAUAUCAUGAGAAGUUGCUAGUAACUAAGUGUAGUUGAAUGUCUAUGCCUUGUUAAAUUUAAGUCUCCAUGAAGGUGAUGGUCAAACGGAACUGUGACCGUCACAGUAUAUAAACCAACCGUUGAACCGAAAGUGAUCAUCAGUGAACGUUUAGUGAUCGAGUAAGCUUCAUCUAAACCAAGCCUAAACAUGAAGGUUUUCAUCGUCCUGUCCGCCAUUAUGGCAAUCGCCCUUUGCAACGUCCCAGAAGAUGCAAACAAGAAGGAUAAACGCGGCAUCGUUGAGCUGAACAAUGGUUACGAGCAGUAUUACGGUGGACAUGAUCAGUACUACGGAAACGAUUACCACCAGCAGGUGACGAACCACGUCACAGUGACAAAGAAGGUCGCCGUGCCGUAUCCGGUAGCCGUCGAGAAGCGGGUUCCGGUCGCUGUGAAGGUUCCAGUCCCGGUGCACGUAGAAAAGCAGGUCCCGGUUGUUGUGGAGAAGAAGGUCCCGGUGUACAUUGAGAAGAAGGUUCCGGUGCAUGUCGAUCGUCCCUAUCCCGUGCCAGUGAAGGUUCCAGUGAAGGUUCCCGUGUACCAUAAGCAGGUGGUGGAGGUUCCCAAGCCAUACCCAGUGCCGGUCGAGAAGGCUUACCCGGUGUACGUGAAGGAACCACAUUACGUCCACAAGACGGUUUCGUCGCCUGUGUACGAGCACGAAUCCACUGUGUACAGCAGCCCGGUCUCCUACGAGCAUAAAGCACUAUGGGGUUAAAUAAUCGGGAGCGAGUCUGAAACUUAUUGAAGAAGCUAAUAAUAUAUAAUCCAUUUCU